ACUUAACUGUUUAAGAAAAUCGACGUUAUUUAUUACGUAAUUAAAAAGGUUGAAUUGCGAAAGCUUUAGCAAACUUUCCAUCGAUGUAUGGUGAAAAAAAGAAGAAGAGAGAGAUCGGGUCCCAUCUUCCUCCCCCUCCUCCUCUUCUCAAUCCGUGGUGACACCGGCGCUGCCAUGCUUCUUCUCGGAAUCAGGUAACCCUUCCGAACCCUAACUUUUUUCAGUUCCGCUCUCCGUCUCGAUCCGUUCCUCUUAUAAACGCUAACCCCAAUCUCUGGAAGAUCUUGAAAAGAGUCAUCUUGAUUCGAUCUAGUUGUUGGGCCAAUGAUUUCUGCAGCAAGGUGACGGGUUGUCACAUAAUCUCAUAGAAGUCCUCCCCAUUUCUCAAUUUGGCAAUGGCAUCAUCUUGUACUCGUACCGAAGGAGUAGAAGAAGAGAAAGGAGGGCGAGAAUGGUCCCAGCUCCCGGAGGAGCUCUUGGAGCUCAUAGCCAAGAAGGUGGGUCUCCUCUCCGAUUACAUCCGAUUCCGCUCCGUCUGCAAGUCGUGGCACUCCGCCGCGUGGCCCGGCAACCUCCGUCCCCAUCCCCCGAUUCUCCUGCUCCCCCACAACCGCUUCAUUGACUCCCGCUCCUUCUUUAGCCUCUACACAGGAAAAACCCGCACCAUCUUCGUUCCCGGAACCAGCAACAAGACGAUCCUCGCGUCUUCCUGCGGAUGGAUGCUGCUGCUCGACAUCGCCGCCAUCGGCGUGUCUUUGCGGAACCCCGUCACCGGCGCCCAAAUCCAGCUCCCCCCACCGACCAGCUUCGGCGAGCGUCCGGGCCUCGACUGCUCCUACCUGUUUUACCGCUGGGAAGGGUUCUUAUCCUUGGGCCCCGAUUCCUCUCAGCGCGACUGGGUGGUGAUGGUGCUGUGCCAUGAUGGCUCCAAGGACAUCCACUACUGUAGACCAGGAGAUGGAGCCUGGAGUUUGCUUAAAGCCAAUUCAGCUGGCGUCCCUUCCUCCGUCGCAUAUGCCAAGGGGCAAUUCUUUGUGCUGGAUCGGCAUGGCCAUCUCACCAUCUAUGCUGCUGCUCUUGCUGCUGCUGCUGCUGAAGCUGCACCUCCUUCCAGAGUCCUUUCUUCGCUGCUUCCUCCCUCCACUGUUCCUGCUCAAUAUUACCUGGGGAAGGCAUCCGAAGCGGAGCUGUUACUGUUAGCCCGUAGCUCGAUGUUUGCCCAUCGCUCGAAGUAUCUAGACAAUGGUGUCUCGAAGGAUUUCCUACUUUUUAAGCUGGAUUUGGGUGCACGGCUGCUCGAGUGGUCUGAGAUUAACGGGAUCGAUGGUAAGGCAUUGUUUUUGACGCUGGGUCGCUGCUCGAUGGCCCGCGCGCUUUCCUGGGCUCGGAGAAGAUUGUGUCUAUUUCGAAGAGAUCCAAUGGCAUCUAGAAGUGGCAAAAGAGGAGAAGAAGAGGAAGGGCCAUGGUCUCAGCUCCCAACCGAUCUUCUUGAGCUGAUCGCCAAGAAGCUGGCCCUCAUCGGCGAUUACAUCCACUUCCGUGCCGUCUGCAAGUCGUGGCGCUCCGCCGCGCUGCCGGCCAACCUCCGGCCGCAGCGCCCACUUCUCCUGCUCCCCUACUACCGCUUGACUGACGUCCGCCCCUUCUUCAGCCUCGCCACCAACUCCGUCCGCAUCCUCUCCCUCCCCGAAUCCUACGCCCAGGUCAUACUCGCCUCGUCCCACGGUUGGCUGCUGAUGCUCCGGGGCACCGCCCUCUCCUUGCUCAACCCCGUCACCAGGGCUCAAAUCCGGCUCCCCCGGCCGACCGACUUUUACCGGCCGGGAUGCUCCGCCCCCGAAAGCGGCGUCCGUAAAAGCAUCAGCUUCAUCUGGAACGCUUCCUUAUUCUCGAGCCCAAGCUCACGGGCGCAUGACUGUGUCGUCACCAUCAUGGUCCACAACUGGCGUUCUGGCCGGCGUCAUGUGCACUUCUGUAGACCAGGAGACAGUGUCUGGACUGAGCUGAAAACCGAUUCACCUGCUCCCCUUGAUUCUGUGGUGUACGACGAGGGGCGAUUCUACGCGCUGGACAUCAAUGGAAUUGUUACUGUCUAUGCCGCUGCUACUUGCACGGCGAUCUUUUCAGUGCCUGCGCCCAUCAUCGCUGCCAAAUUUUUAUUGGUGAAGUUAUCUGAAACCGAGCUGUUGCUGCUUGCCCGUGAUUCCAGGUUCCUUGCUUGGGAUGAUGAUGUCAGGAAGGACUUGAAGCUUUUUAAGCUGGAUUUGAGUGGGCAGCUUCUCCGGUGGUCCAAGAUCGAGAGCAUCGAUGAUAAGGCAUUGUUCUCGGCAGAAGAUCACUGCUCGAUGAUCUGCGCGAGCGACUUUCCUGGAUGCAGAGAGGAUUGCAUUUAUUUUGAAGCUCCUUAUGACAUUUUCCAGAGAUUCAAGAGCAAAUUCCAUCACAUAGAAGUGCUGGACAUAAAGAAUGGCAGCUAUGAAUUCAUAUGCUGCCGGUGGGAAAAGCCUUCGAAUGAUUCGAUGAAACCUAUUUGGUUUGCACCCAGUCUCUGCUAGAAGUUCCUGGUGAGUUUGUUUUGGGAAAUGGCUACAGUUGCUCCUUUAUACUUUGGUUUACGUUAUCAAGGCUGUAGCUAAGAGUCUCUUAUAUGAAUGCUUACUGUAUGAGAUAAUGCUGUCAUGAGGAUUGAACAUACUGCUGAAUUAGUUUCUACUUUCUAAAGAAAAGUCUUACUUCUCU